CUUUAUUGCUUUGUCAAAAACAUUCAGCUUGGACUCGCAUAAAAAAAUAAAUCAAUGGUCCAAAUUUACAGGCAUAUUUAAUAUGAUUGUCCCACAACUACUCGCCUAGCUAGCUUCUUCACAAUAAUUGUUGAACGAAAUUAUAUAUAUAUAUAUAUAUAUAUCUUCAUAUGCGUAGCUCAGGGAAUUUCUCAAAGAAGAGAUGUCAACCACCAUCAUUUUUCUGCUCAUCUUGCUUAUUCUAAUACGUUUUGGAGGCAGUGGAGCGGAAGCAGUAGGAAAUGGGUCUAUUCCUCACUCCGAAAUGAAAGCUCUUGGAGAUAUAGUUGACGAAUUGGGUGGCAAAAACGUUUGGAAUUUGAGCGAAAACUACUGUGAUGGAAGAAACUGGAAUUGGCGACCGCCACUAAUUCCCCACGAAAUACCUUUGAUUCAUAACAACAGCGUCAACUGCAGUUGUUCUUAUCCCGAUGGUGAAUGCCACGUCAUUAGCAUAUUCCUUAAAGGGCAGGACCUUGCUGGUGUGCUACCAAAAUCCUUGGCAAAGUUACAAUACCUCACAACAAUUGAUCUCACUCGCAACUAUCUCAGUGGUACAAUACCCCCGGAAUGGGCUUCUACCAAAUUGGAAUAUUUGUCUGUUACUGUCAACCGCUUAUCAGGGCCCAUCCCAGCCUACUUGGGAAACAUUUCAAGUCUCGUUUAUAUGAGCUUAGAGAUCAAUCAGUUUAAUGGUACUGUUCCACCUGAGCUUGGGAAGCUGACCAACUUGGUGAAUCUAAUUCUCAGUGGUAACAAUCUCACUGGAGAGUUGCCAAUGGAGCUAACCAGUCUAACCAAACUGGAAGAACUUAGGUUAAGCGAAAACAACUUUAAUGGAAUAUUACCCAGUUUUCAAAGUUGGAAAAAACUUCGGAUGUUAGAGAUUCUAGCUGGUGGCUUUGAAGGACCCAUACCUUCUAGCAUUUCUGUCUUAAACCUAACUGAAUUAAGGAUCAGUGACUUACAUGAAGGAAAGUCAGUUUCAAUUUUUCCGCAGCUAGGAAAGAUGAAAGGAAUGUUAUAUUUGGUGUUGAGGAGCUGUAAUAUAUCCGGAGCAAUCCCCGAAUAUAUAGCAGAAAUGAACGACUUGAAAUAUUUAGACCUCAGCUUCAACAAAUUGGAAGGGAAAAUUCCAAACCUUCAAGGACUCACAAAUUUGAAAAACAUGUAUCUGACAAGCAACCUGCUUUCUGGACCUAUUCCACGGUGGAUCAGCAGCAGAGGUUCUGACUACCAGAUAGAUCUCUCUUACAAUAACUUUUCUGAGGACUCUGUACCGAAUUUUUGUCCGGAUAGCCUAAACUUGUACAGGAGCUUCUCUAAAGGGAACAACUCAGAAUUGGGAAAGUGCAUGAAGGAUUAUCCUUGUUCAGUAGACCAAUAUUCAUUCCAUAUCAACUGUGGAGGAGCAAACAUUACCAUCGGAAACACCACUUAUGAAGCGGAUGAAGACCUAGGGAAUGCAGCAAGAUUUGUUCCUAAAAGAGCAAUUUGGGGAACUAGUAUGAGUGGAGACUUCUGGAAACGUGACAUAGUUACUUACAUUGCAGAAAAUGUAUCUGUCUUGAGAAUGAAUGACUCUGGCUUGUACACAAGGGCUCGCCUGUCUCCUCUAUCUCUCACUUAUUAUGGGCGUUGCUUGGCAAAUGGGAACUAUACUGUGAAACUCCACUUUGCUGAGAUAAUAUUCAGAGAUAACCGAUCUUUUCAGAAUCUUGGAAGACGGAUGUUUGAUGUUUAUAUUCAGGAUGAGCUAGUUUUGAAGGAUUUCGAUAUUGAACAUGAAGCACGAGGGGUUGAUAAGGCGUAUGUAAAGAAAUCGAAAGCAAUUGUGAAGGAUAAAACUUUAGAGAUUCGCUUUCAUUGGGCUGGGAAAGGAACAACAGCUGUCCCUUUUAGAGGAAGCUAUGGCCCUCUCGUGUCAGCUAUUUCUGUGGAAUCUGACAACCCUCCUGAGCGGAUAUCCAUUACAAACAACCCUCCUGAUGCCAAAAAGAAGAUAUGGAUUAUAGUUGGAGCUGUGGCUUCGGCAUUAUGCCUCAUUCUCAUAGGUCUCGGUGUUCUUUGGUGGAAAGGCUUUUAUGGGAACAGAACCUCAAGGGAACAAGAUCUGAGAGGAUUAGACCUGCAAACUGGGUUAUUUACCUUUAGACAAAUUAAAGCUGCCACUAACAACUUUGAUAUUGCAAACAAGUUAGGAGAAGGUGGUUUUGGAUCUGUCUACAAGGGUAUACUAUUGGAUGGUACCGUAAUUGCAGUCAAGCAACUUUCUUCCCGAUCAAAACAAGGAAAUCGUGAAUUCGUGAAUGAAAUAGGCAUGAUUUCUGGUUUACAGCACCCUAAUCUUGUAAGAUUGUAUGGAUGUUGUGUUGAACGUAAUCAAUUACUAUUGGUAUAUGAAUACAUGGAGAACAAUAGCCUCGCCAAUGCUUUGUUUGGUCCAGAGGAAGGAAAAUUGAAAUUGGAUUGGUCUUCAAGGCAAAGAAUUUGUAUUGGUAUAGCAAAAGGCCUAGCCUUCCUACAUGAGGAAUCUAUACUGAAAAUUGUGCAUAGAGACAUCAAGGGUACCAAUGUACUGCUUGAUAGGGAUCUUAACCCUAAAAUCUCUGACUUUGGUUUGGCCAAGCUUGACGAAGAGGAGAACACCCACAUUAGCACCAGAAUUGCUGGAACCAUAGGGUACAUGGCACCAGAAUAUGCAUUAUGGGGUUACUUGACCUACAAAGCAGAUGUGUAUAGUUUUGGAGUUGUUGCAUUGGAAAUUGUUGCUGGAAAGAACAACAUGAAAUAUCGUCCCGAUGAGAACUAUGUCUGUCUUCUUGAUUGGGCAUAUGUUUUACAACAAAAAGGAAAUGUAAUGGAGUUGGUGGAUCCACAACUGGAUUCGAAUUUCAACAAAGAAGAGGCAUUAAGAAUGAUCCAAGUCGCACUGUUAUGCACUAAUCCAUCUCCAGCACUUAGGCCUACCAUGUCUUCAGUAGUAAGCAUGCUUGAGGGUCGUAUCGAUGUUCAGAAUUUAAUUGCAGAUCCAAAUAUCUACGGUGAUGAUUUAAGGUUCAAAGGUCUCAGAGACAAGUAUGAUGAGCUGAAACUCCAUAGCUCAAGUGACACUCAGACCUUGUUUGAUUCGUCAGAAGUAACAACACAAAAUGCCUCUUCCUCCACAUCUGCCCAGGAUCUCUAUCGAAUCGAUUUUUCUUCCCAGUAACAAAUGAAUAGUGAGAACAAUUCUAUGAUAGCCUAGGGAGUUGGUUGCAUAGAUAGAAAUUUCAAAGUGCUUUUCCUAGCUUAGAAAGCAAAAUAUAUGCAGUAAUUUCUUCGUAUCAUUCCUCCAUCCUACAGAAAAACAAAGUAGUCAAAGCGUGUGUGAUUUUGUAUCUCAUCAUAAUCAUAACGUUUGUGUGUAAUGCUCUGCCUAUUGUUAUACACUUACAAUUGUCUCCUUGCAUGACUCUGUUCAUUAGUAGCAAAAGGUUAGACCAACAAAAUCUGUGUAAUAAUAAGAUGGCAAAAUACUGAUUAUUUUAUUGAUAAAAAGUAUAUUGAUUGAACUUUUAA